CAUUCCCGCGCUGUGUUGACCACGUGAUACUACAGCUUCCCAUAUCUCUUACGUUCGUCUGUAGCCGCCAACUCUCACGAAAAAGAUGUCUCUUCCCUGUAAGCUGGUUGUCGGGCUCGUGUCCUUGGUCACCCUCAGUCUAGCGUUGGAAGAGACUCUGGGUCAACCUGUGGAAAAAGAACGCUUUGUCAACGACCUAGACCUGGUCGACGACGACGGCAGUGUGGAGACGGCCCUGAUGAACUACUUGUUCGCCAAGCAAGUGGUGAACAGACUUCGCAACCAGAUGAACGUGCAAGACCUACAGCGCAAGCGAAGUUACUGGAAGCAGUGCGCGUUCAACGCUGUCUCUUGCUUCGGCAAGUAAACAGUCAGCUCGCCCCUUGUAUAAACUGUUAUUGUAUAGUUGGUUAGCAUUUAAUUUGUAUUCUCUCCUACAUCUGUGAAGUAGAGUGAUAAUCCCUCCUGAAUUUGGGUAAUUAAUUUUUAGGUUAUCUAGCUAGUUUGUCUAAAUUACUAGUUAAACCAUGUAAUUUGUUGACUUUAAAACUAGCUUCCUUGACCACUAUGUUAAAAUAAAUUUUAAGAACUUUAUGUAUAGAAUAACUUUUCUUACAUACUUAAAACUAGAUUAGCAAAACCUUGUUCUGUAAUGAUUUUGGAUGAAAACUUGUUAGAUAGUAGAUGUAAUACUAUUUCAAUUAAAUCAACAGUUGUAUCCCAUUACUUUAACGUCGCUUUAAACAUGGAAAACAAAUAAAGUGUUUUAUAAGUUUAAGCAAAUACUACAGUAGUUUUAAAUGAAUAUAUCCUUACUAAAAGAAGCUUAGUCUUACCUCACAGUCAAUUAUUGAAGAUUUCUUCCAAGCAGAAGGAGUUUUUGGAUUAAUUAAACAUUUUUACCCUCCAGGGAGGGCUUAUCAUUUACACAUCCACCCCUUGUUUUGUGAUAAGAUUUUAUUAUGUUUGUUCACGUGUGGUUAGAAAUAAAUAUACUUUUUUAACGA